UUGACCGGUGAACUGAGCUCCCUCGUCAUCAUUCACUUGCAAUUGCAGAAGAGCGGCGAGCUUGCGAUGCUCCUUUACCAUGGCUCGCUUUUUAGGAAGGCGCUGCCUUCAUUGAGACGUCCGAUAUCGUCUCUAGUCGAGCGAUCGCUUGAAAAGGAGCUCACGGCGCGUCGCUUACCGCUAGCUUACGACUACCUCACGCCCCAGGCUUCGCAUCUUUUACAGCUUUCACUACUCGAACACCUUCCUCGUGAAGUGAACAACAAAGGCACCGUUGAGAGCGAAGAUCCCAGGAAAUUACCAUCAGUCCAGGAGCAGCGACAUUUACCUCCGGGUCACCAUUUGGUCUACUUUCCUCCUCAGGUCACAUUAUCGGAACUGCUACGCGAUGGCACAGAUGUCUUGCACACUCCUGGCGAGCCAUUCCACCGCCGGUUGUGGGCUGGUGGGAAUGUUGUAUUUCCUCGCUCCGGCUCCCUGAUACUCAAUGGCCAGCGGGCUGUUUGCGUCGAGAAUAUAAGCAAUGUGAAUGUGAAAGGGAGAGAAGGCGAGGAGAAGAUCUUUGUCACAAUUGAACGCCGGUUCUCUACCGUGGCUGAAGAUGAAGACGAAGCACAGCUCCGGAGCAGGGUGGUAAACAGCCCCGGUGUUCUCACUGAGACCCGCGACUUGGUCUUCUUGCGCGAGCCGGAUUUAGAAGCUCGGGGUGCUUCAAACGGAAAAGCGAGUAGACUCGUAAAAUCCCCAACAGAGCCCGACAUCAGUCACAGAUUAACGCCCAACAAGGCUUUACUAUUCCGAUUUUCGGCGCUCACAUUCAACGCCCACCUGAUUCAUCUCGACCAGUCCUACACAAAGGAUAUUGAAGGCCACAAUGACCUUCUUGUCCACGGGCCACUGUCUUUGACUCUGAUGCUCAGCGUCCUGUCUAGUCAUCUAGCAGAGAGCGGACACGCUAUUCAAAGGUUUGAAUACAGAAAUUUGGCUCCUCUUCAGGACAUCAUGGAUGUCUUCUGGGCAGCUCCGCCAGUCGCCAGGACGUUGACUGCAUUGACUUGUCUCGAGUCUGCACUAGUCUAUGGUGGUCUGUUGAGCGGGUACAAGAUUGCCUUUUUCCCAAGUCAACUCUUCAAACUCCUUCCAGAAGUUUGGAGACUGGCGACACCGUUUCUGCUCACAAAACCACAGCUGGGUUUUCUCUUUGAUCUCUAUUUCAUGUACACGUAUGCGAGUGGAUUAGAAAAGAACUCGCCGCGGUUCCCGCGAAGCGGUGACUUUUUAACCUACGUUGUAUUUGUAGGCGCUGUGAUCAUGGUAAGUCAUGAGGCUUUUGGUUAUCUACUAUACCUCUUUCACAAUUCGUUAUCUGGCAAUUCAAUAAACGUUACAACUACACAAAUUCCUGCUUUUUCCGUUCUUAUCUAUGAUCCUGUGUCAUACACACCUCCCAUAUCUGCCCGCCCAGUUUCUCUAGCUGAAGCGGUUCCUGGUUUGGAGGAAGAUUACCCCCGUAUCUCGUGCAGCGCCAAAUAUGUCAAAAAAUCCGGCCUGUUAUGCGGUGCGGGAAUGCUCCUAGCAAAUUAUUUCUUUGGAAGUGUCAUCUUCACAAGUGCAUUAAUCAUGGCCUUCAUCCACACAUGGGCACAGGACAACCGAGGAAAACAUGUGACUUUCUACGUUGUCCAAAUCAGAGCAGAGUGGCUGCCACUGGCCCUUCUUGGUGUCAACUUCGUGACAGCAGGCCCGACUGUCGCCAUGAUCGAAGCCACUGGCAUCGUUGCAUCUCACCUAUAUGACUUCCUCACCCGCAUUUGGCCUACCUUUGGUGGUGGCAGGAACUAUAUCACCACGCCAUCGUUUGUGCACAACCUCUUUCAAGAUAAUCGUAGUAGUGCUCGUGGAUACGGUGCCGCCUACCGCCCAGCACAAACAGCACAAGCGGGACAGGCGGGACAGGCAGGACAAAGCUCAGAGAGACCAGAGAUCUCCGUUGGCUGCACACUUUUUCACCAGCAGUCGUGUCAACCCUCCAAAAUGGCCACAAAAGACAUUGCUGAUUUCAGCAUCAAGCCUGAGGCUGUUACACCUUCCAUUCCCACGUCGGAAUGGCCCUUGUUGCUCCAGAAUUACGACAAGUUGCUGGUCAGGACAGGUCAUUUCACGCCCAUCCCCGCUGGUUGCACCCCUCUUAAGCGAGACUUGAAGGCGUACAUCAGCUCUGGAGUCAUCAACCUCGAUAAACCCUCGAACCCGUCCAGUCAUGAGGUUGUCGCAUGGAUGAAGCGAAUGCUUCGAGUUGAAAAGACAGGCCACAGUGGAACUCUGGACCCUAAAGUUACUGGGUGUUUGAUCGUUUGCAUUGACCGCGCCACUCGUCUUGUCAAGUCCCAGCAGGGUGCUGGAAAGGAGUACGUUUGCGUGAUUCGUCUUCAUGACAAAAUCCCGGGCGGCGAGGCUCAGUUUGCUCGCGCGCUUGAGACAAUGACCGGUGCUCUGUUCCAACGUCCACCUCUGAUUUCCGCCGUGAAGCGUCAGCUUCGUAUCAGAACCAUCCACGAAAGCAAGCUAUACGAGUUUGACAACGACAGGCACCUAGGUGUCUUUUGGGUGAGCUGCGAGGCAGGAACUUAUAUUCGAACUCUCUGUGUCCACCUUGGUCUGCUGCUCGGUGUUGGUGCACACAUGCAAGAACUUCGUCGUGUUCGCAGUGGUGCUAUGGACGAGAAGGAUGGAAUGGUCACCCUGCACGAUGUUCUCGAUGCUCAAUGGAUGAUGGAUAACCAGCGUGACGAGUCGUACUUGAGAAAGGUCAUCCGACCUCUGGAGAGUUUGCUCACCACCUAUAAGCGAAUUGUCGUCAAGGACAGCGCCGUGAAUGCUGUGUGCUACGGUGCCAAGUUGAUGAUUCCGGGUCUUUUGCGCUUUGAGGCUGGAAUUGAGGUCAACGAGGAAGUUGUGCUUAUGACAACAAAGGGCGAGGCUAUUGCUCUCGGUAUUGCCCAGAUGUCGACUGUCGAGCUCUCUACUUGUGACCACGGUGUGGUUGCCAAGGUUAAGCGAUGCAUUAUGGAGCGUGACCUCUACCCUCGCCGAUGGGGUCUCGGACCCAUUGCCUUGGAGAAGAAGAAGCUCAAGUCUGAUGGAAAGCUGGACAAAUACGGUCGCACCAACGAAGCGACACCAGCCAAGUGGCAGAACGAAUACAAGGACUACCACGCGCCUUUGGAAGAUAACGGUGCUCCCCAGCCUGCCGCUGCCCCUAAGGAAGAUGAUGCUACCCCCAGCUCUCCGCCAGCCAAGGCAGAGGCCGAGGACGCCAAAGACGAGAAGAAACCCGAAUUGCCCAUAAGAGACAAGGUGUCGAAAAUGGCUGCCGAAUUAUCAUCAACGAAACUGAAUGCUGAGAGUCAUUUACUCUUGGAUCAGCCUCUCCUUCGACUUCCCCAUGAAUUAGCGAGACGAAAUUUCAAAUCUGUACAGCGAAUUGUCGAGCGAGAGAGAGAAUAUGUCAUUCCAGCACUAAAAGAGACUGCGAAUGGCUCGUUGGGUGGCACGCAAACCCCGGAACAGACGCUCGCCUCGUUGGAUGCAAUGAUUGCCAGAAUGCAGGGUCUGAAACGGAAGAUGGAGGUUCUGCACGAGGAAGAAAAGAGUAUUCAGAUGCAGUCGAAAAAACGGAUCCAGCACUUGCAGGAUCUGUACCGCAUCCAGAACUUAGCCGAUGUCAAGUACGACGAAUGGUCCAGGACACGGCUGAACAGGCUACUUGUGGAUCAUAUGCUCAGAUCGGGAUUUUCGGAUAGUGCAAAGCAGCUGGCACAAGACAAGGGGAUAGAAGAACUGGUCGAUAUAGACACUUUUGUUCAGUGUCAGCGGAUUGCAGAAAGUUUGCGUCGGGGAGAGGCCAAAGAAGCAUUACAAUGGUGUGGAGAGAAUAAAGUGGCGUUGAAAAAGAGUCAAUAUACCUUGGAGUUUGAAUUGCGACUUCAACAGUACAUCGAGAUGGUUCGGACCGGACAGCCUGAGAAACUCAUGGAAGCCAUGCAACAUGCGAAGAAAUAUCUAUCAUCUCACAUUGACAGCCAGCCAAUUGAGAUCCAUCGAGCCGCCGGCUUGCUAGCCUUUUCCAAAGACACCCAAGCAGAACCAUACAAAUCAAUGUAUUCGCACGAUCGCUGGAAUUUCCUAUCUGAUCUUUUUAUACGCACACACCACGAACUCCUCUCGCUUCCUCCGCGCCCACUUUUACAUAUCGCUCUUUCAGCCGGAUUAUCCGCGCUGAAAACACCGUCGUGCCAUUCAGCCUAUGCUUCGUCGACUUCAAAUCUUCUAUCCACCACGUCCUCGGUAUGUCCGAUCUGCUCAACAGAGUUGAAUGAGCUCGCUCGUCACGUCCCCUAUGCGCAUCAUACAAAGAGCGCUGUGGAGAGUGACCCUGUCAUCCUGCCCAAUGGUAGAAUGUAUGGACGAGAGCGACUGCUUGAAAUGAGUAGAAAGGUUGGAUUUGUGGCAGAGGGAAUGGUCAAGGACCCGACAACGGGUGACGUCUUUGACGAACGGGAUAUGAAGAAGGUAUAUAUCAUGUAG